AUGAGCUUUUAUUCUUACUAGAAUAUAAAAAUAUGCAUAUUUAUAGCUUAAAUUACUUUAAUUAAAGCAGUUGGAUGCCCUUUUUGGUAGGUAGGAUCUCAAAACAAUGAUCACAUAGUAUAGACAAUGAUUUUAUUGAAGUCAAACCCAUAAAAUGAUGUAGAGGAUAUUGCUGCGGUUGUCUAUAAUCCCUUCACAGUUGGGAUUUAUAACUUCCAAUAAAAUAUCAAAUAUUAAUUUACAGAAGAGGCAGAUAAUGUCUAGUUCUAUCAAAUCGACAAAGAUGAUAGACCUUCCCUAAAGGUUUCUUUAAUUCACACACUGGAUGCGAAUGGUAGGAUUAUUGGAUGGAGUUCAGGAAAUGGAUCUAAAGGAGAUACUCUAUAAAUUCCUUCUGUAGUUACUGUUGAUCCUAAAGCUUGCUUAAAUUCUGAAGAAUUAAUUGUUGUUACUUGGAAUUCUUCUGAAUUAUUUGUUGUUGAUUUUUCUUCUUCUACUAUUCUUGAUACAAACAUAAUUCAGAUUAAGCUAGAUAAUACUUAUAUAAUCUAAUGCGUGAAUGAUAAAAUGAAUAGAAGGUUUUUGCUAAUAGAUACUUAAGGAAAUCUUUUUUCAUAUGAUAUAUAGAGCAAAGCAUUCAAAAAUUUAUUUUAAAUAAGCUAAUUUUCUAAUUUGCAAUCAAUUUAUCCUACAUAAAAUCAAAUAGCCGUGACUUAUCAGGAUUCAAGUGGAUCCUCUUAUGCUUCUUCUUAUAAAAACAACAUUUUACAAUUCUAGCAAUCGUUUACAUCCACUUCCACGCAAGUAUUAGUAAGUCAACAAGAAGAUUAUUUAGUAGCUCUAGGAUAAAAUAAUUUAUUUUCAGUCUGGUCAAUAUAGUAGAAAGGUAUAGUCUAUCAGGCAGAUUUUUAAAAUAUGUACUGUGAUUAAAGAGAUGCAAAUGCGACUUAUUUGAAUUCAACAAUAGAUUUCAUCUUUGGAUCUAUAAACUCAAAGAAUUAAAUUGCAGCUGUUUCCAAUAAUUUCUUUUAAAACUACAUUUUUGUCUAUUCGUUAGAUGAUUUAAAGCCUCUUCUUUUUAAAAAUUAAAUAAUAUCAUUUUUUUGGUUUUAAGCAUUUGUAGUGUAAGACAAAGUCAUACUAAGUUAAACAUAUUCUGUUUCCAUAGUAGAUAUACCAAGCUCCAAAUUUUAAUAUGUAAUGGAUCGCUUCGAUACAGGAAAAUCAUCAUACGAUGUACCAACAAAAAUAUAAGUGGAUUCAGAUUUAAAUAGAAUAAUUAAAAUCGAGUUGGGAGGAAAUAUAUAGUACUGGUCUCUUUUUGAUAAUACCCUCGAUAAGUUAUUUAAAUAUACUACUUAUAACUCUACUUUCUUUAUAGAUAAGUCGCUUAAUAAACUUGUUUAAUAUGCUUAUUACACUGUAACUUAAAAGCCUCUUAUUUAUAUUUUCGACUAUUAGCUUGGAACAUUGAUAGAAAAUAUUAUUAAUCCUAUUGAUGAUAGUAAUUUGUAGAGUUUCGUUCUUUUAUAAGACAUAACUAAUGGCUAUAUGAUUGGCUUUAUUAGACCUACAACAUAAUAUGUUAUCUAUAGAUUUGAUCAAAGCUAUGAUCAUUCAUUAAUAUUUAAAGGACUACUUAUUCCAAAUGGUUUGAUUACUGAUACUAUUUAUUUAAUAGAAAGUGCUAAGUAAAUAUUGAUCGAAAUUAAUGGAAAUUUAUACCUAUUUAACUAUUUUUACUCGAAUGGAAGCAGUAAUUAGUAGGUAUUAAUUUUAGGUAAUACAAUUUAAACGUUGUCAUAUUUUUUAAACAGCCAAUAAAUAUCUCUUCUCAAUGUUUAAGAAUAGAAUAUUUUAAUUUAUUAACAUGAUGGUAGUAGCUUCAAUUUGAUUAACACAAUUAAUUACUAUAGUGGAUAAAGUAGUUCUAUAAACUUAGUAAUUGAACAAAAUACUCUCAUUAUAAAUAGAGAUACUAAGCUAUACUUUAAGAAUUAUCAAAAUUUAAAAGAAAACAUUUUGAACUUGAAUCAAUAAUCAGUUCUAUAUUACAAUUAUGAUGGCCCUAGAGGCUUAGUUAUAGCUAUUAUAAAUAACUAUAUAGUUAUUGUGAUUGACAUAAAUACUGCAAAUAUUCUUUAUCAAAUAUAAGUAUAUGCUAAUAAAAUUUAAAAUACUAAUAUUUAUAUUGAGCAGGAUAUAUUUACUAUCGCUUACAAUGAUGGAAAAUUUAUUUUAUAUGACUAUGUUAAAAAUGAAAUAAUCAGUAUGUUUGAUAACAUUUAUUUUGGUGAUAUCUAAUAUAUUGAUCAAAAAUACAACACUCUUGUUAUAAAAUCAGAUAUUCAAAUGUACACAAGAAGAUUAACUAGUACUUGCUAAAUUAAAAAAUUAGUUACUUAAAGUAAAUUAAAUAGCUUUUGGAUUGAUAUAAAAAGUGGAUUAUCUUAUUUAUUGUCAGACAAAAUAACUAUUUAUAACUAAUUAACUUAAUAGUAUCUUCCAGAAUUUCCAAGUAGUGUUGAUUUGACUGAUUCAUAUAUCAUUUAUUCUAUCCUUGAAAAGAAUUUUUUAUUUGUAGGGUAUGCAAAUUAAACUUCAAACUAAGUCUUUGUAUAUAGAAUUGAUACUUAUGAAUAAAUUGGAAUAAUGACUCAUAAUGUUUCGUCAUGCGUUACAAUAAAUAAAUUUUUUUAUGAUGAAAAUCUGGAUAGAUUAUUUGUUGGAUGCGUGUAUCCUGGGACUGUUGUCGUGUGGGAUUUAUCUAAAAAUUUUUAACUUAUAAGAGUACUUGAUUAAAUAGGGUAUGUAGAUUUGAUUGAAAAUGUAGUAUUUUAUCCUUAAAUUGGAGUUCUUAUGGUUAUUGGAUGGACUUGGUGGUCUACUUCUCUUGAUUAUUAUACUCUGAACUAUAGAUGCACACUGAUGGGAAUAUUUGGAGACUUUGAUUAUACUCACCAACUACAGAUUUUGUGGGAUCACAAUGGAGAUUUUAGAAUAUUUGAUCUAAAUUGCAACACUCUAGCUUAUCAGCAUGCCCACUAAAAUUGGAUCUUUAAAACAAUAAUUGAUGAAAAAAAUCUAAUUUUAACUACAAUAAGUUAGGAUAAUUAUGUCAAGACAUGGAGUUAUUAAAUAUACAGCAAACCUCAAUUGAUGAGCUAAAUUGAACUUUAAAAUUCACUUUAUGAUGGUAUCCUUGACAGUGAUAAUAAUUACGUUUUUGUUGUAGAUUUUAAUGGUUUCUUAUAUACUUUAUCGUAUCCUGCAUUAACCCUCGUGCAACAAAUCCAAGUAACUAAUAAAAAGAUUAUAAAAAUAUUUUUAGAUGCAAAGCAUAAUAUGCUAAUUUUCGGAAGUUUAGAUUCAAAUACUUUAGGAUAUUAUAGUUUAUUAGAAUUGAUUUAAUCUAAUGCUUAUAACAAUUGUUUUACAUAUGAAGGAGUAAUGUCAACACUUGAUACAGAGCAAGGAAUAAUAUUUCAUUAGUAAAAUAAUAUAGUGUAGUUUUGGGAUUAUGAGUCUUAAAAAUUAAAUUAUGGGUUUUAUGUUAAUAGCUAAUAUCCUGUUUUAGAUUCUCAAAGUAAAUUUAUUAAUAUUGAAGGCUCUGAUACCUUAUCAGCUUUAUUAACUCGAGAUCAAAUAAUAUUUUUUGAUAAAACUAAUUUUGAUAUAAUUAAUGUUUAGUAAAUUAAAUGCCUAAGAUAGACUUAGUUGAAAAAUUAUCUAAUAUGCUCUUAUGUUAAUACUCUAAAUAUUUUAGAUGUUUAAAAAUUUACUGUAUUUUAAUAAAUUAUUCUAAAUUAAAAUUAAUUUAUUUUAGAUUUGAAACAAAUAUUAUCACUAAAUUCAAUUUUCUUGACUACAACAUAAGGAGAAGUAAUAGGAUAUAUUAUUUAAAACUAAUCAUAGUUCACUAAAUAAUUUUACGUUUAAUUACUGAACGAAUCAAUAGUAACUAAUUUGUUUAUUGAAUAAUCAACCAAUUAUAUAUUUAUAGCUUCUGGUUUUAAUGGAUAAACCGGUUAAUUUAUUCUUUCUAAGCAAUUAAAUGUUUUGAGUUAAAAGUCUCUAUCUUUUUCAGGAAUAUAAUCUCAUGCACAUGUCAUCUAGUUCUGUAAUGAAAAGGUGUUUAUUAAAAAGACAAUGGAUUUUAGUUUAGGAUUAUAUGACCCAAUCACAUUAAAUCUAAUGAGUUAAAUCUAAAGUCCUUGUAUAGGAUAUCCUUAUAAACUUAAUUUAAAUUAAGAACUAGAUAUGAUAAUAUAAAGUUGUUUAGGAGUUUACUAAAUUAAUUAACUUUCAAAUCUAAAUUUUGUUGCUUAUGGAAGAUUUACUAUGUCACUCAAUCUUACUUAAUUCAAUUAUGUUUACACCCCUGAUAGUAGUGAAAUAAUUUUUGUAAACAAAGAGUAUUUCCUUGAUGUACAUCGAUACCAAAUAUUUAUUUAUAAAAUAAACUAAAACAAUUAAACAAUAAAUUUACUGGGAAGCUUUUAAUAGAAUAGCAAAGAAUUGGGACGAGUAGCAAAUUACUAAAUCUUCAAUACUGAAGAAAAUAUUUUCAUUUAACUUAUUCUCUACUCAGGAGACUAAAUUGCAUAGGUUUAAUUACCUAUAUUUGGUUAAAAUAUUUGCUAAGAGUAGAUGUCUUCAGAAUAACUUUCUCAAGUAAUUUACUCAAUUCAAAGCGUUUACAUGCAAGUUCAAAAUUAUUUUUUGAUAUCAUAACUUAUAUUUGAUGUAUUGAUUGAAAAAGAAACUAUUUUACAGCCUUUACCUAUUUUCAAAUUCUCAUAAUAUUCUUAAGUAAACAUAUUAUCAAACAGUGUCACUAAAGAUUAAUAAAAAAUAAUUAUAAAUGAGAACUUAUUUUCAUCUUUUUCAGGUUAUAAUUUAAUAUCAUUUAAUAACCUAUAGAUGGAAUCAGCUAUUUCUUAAAAGGAAUGUCUCUAAUUUGUUGUUCAAAAUAUUUAAACAUUUGAGUUAAAUAAUAUAUAAUUAGGAAAUUAAACAUUAUACACUUUUUAGAUAAGUUCUGUGAAAUCUGUUUCUUUCAAUGAAUUAUCUAUCUCUUAAAUAUCAUUAAAUUCUUAGAUUAUAAUCAAUCUUUUCAGUUUUACAGAUGUCUAAAUUAUCCUUUUUUACUUUUAAGAUGAUAUCAACAGCUCGAUUACUUAAAUAAGCUUCGAUAAUCUCCAAAUUUAACAAUCAUAAUUUAAUUAUAACAAAGAUGCUCAAGAUAUUGCACCUAUUUUCAUUUCAAGCUACAUAAAUGUAACAUUUUCAACUUUGAAUAUUGUUUAGAAUUAGGGUGUCUCUACUCCAUUAAUCAAAAGCUAUAUAAUUUAAAACUUAAUAGUCAACAACACUAUUUUUUAAAAUAAUAAAAAUUUAAUGUUCUUAUCAUACAAAGGAAGUAUUAGCAUUAUGUAAAAUUACCUAUAAAUAAGCCAAUUGCUAAUCUAAGACCACAUAUUAAUAUAAAAUAUAAAUCUAAAUAAUAACAAAUUUACUAAUAAUAAAUAAUAUUAAGCAUUAUAGGUAACAAGUAAUAGCUUAACUGUAUCUAAUCUAUCAAUAAUCCAAAAUGAUGAUUAAACUAAUUCUAAUAUACUUUUAUAAACUGAAAUUUAAAAUUAAUUAUUUAUUGAUUAAUUGACUAUAAGUAAAAAUCAAGGAUUCUUUAAUUUAGCAGUGGUCAAUGUAUAAAAUAUUGGUGUUAUAUAAAAUUCUUAAAUCAUUUCUAACUAGGCAAUAUAAAGUUUACUUAUUGAUCAGUCAAUUGUUUUGAUAACAAAUUUAAAUCUUUCAUAAAAUUAAUCAAUUGGAAAAAAUCCUUUGAAUUCAAUUCUUAAUAUUGUUAACUCUUAAGUCUAAAUAAGUACUUCUAAAUUUAAAAGCAACUAGUCUAAUUAGGGAGGUUCUAUUUAUUUAUCGGGAAGUUAAAUUGAUAUUUAAGAAUCAUCUUUUAAUGCUGAUUAAAGCUUAUAAUAAGGAGGUUCUAUUUACUCAACUUCAUCUAAUUUAAAUAUUUCUUAAUCUGAAUUUUUAAAUACUUAAUCUAUAUAAGGUGGUAGUAUUUACUUUGAAAAAGGUGACUUAUAGAUAGUUCAAGUAUAAUCUUAAGGUUGUUCUUCUGCUCUAAAUGGAGGAUUUGCAUAUAUAAGCAAUGCACCUUCAUUUUCAAUAUCAAACACAACUUUAGAAUUAACUUAAGCAUCUGGUGAUGGAGGUUCUUUAUUCAUUUAAUAAUCUGGUGGAAAUAAUUCUUUCAUCAUAUAUUCAAUCUUCUAAAAUAAUAAUGCUCUCGGGAGUGGUGGUGUUAUUUUACUUGAUAAUUCAGAUUUGUUAAUUACAAAAUCAAGCUUUGUAAACAAUACAGCUGGGAUUGGAGCAGUUAUUAGGUAUUUGAACAAAAAGCCUUCUUUCUUAAUAUAAAAUCCAAAUUCAUAAAAGGAUUCUUGUAAAACAUUUGGUUAUAAUUACUGUAAAACUAAUAAAGCCAUAAUUUUUGGUAACUAAAUUGCAAGCUAUCCUCAAUACGCUUCUAUUUUACCAAGCAAAGAUUUCAAUAUCAACAUUACUAAUUAUCCUAAUGUAGCAUUUAGCAACUUUAGAAGUGGCUUAAGCAACUUUGAUCUGAGCAUUUAAUUUUUAGAUGAAUUUAAGAAUAGUGUUUAACAAAUUGACUUAUAAAACCAAACUUUAACAAGCCAAAUUAGUUCUGAAUUACUUUAAGAAAUAAGCCAAUAUAAUUGUAGAAUAUAUAUUUAGGAGAACACUACAUCAUUACAGUAAGAAACUAUUAAAAUAGAAGGUGCUACUUUAGUUGAUUAUGCUUAUCAUUCUAAGAACAAAAUUGGAUGCUUAAUGAACAGCCUCAAAAUCACAGGAGUUCCAUCAAAUAAUUCAGCUUUAAUGCUAUCGUUAGGUGGAAUGAAGACUCUAAACUCAACUAAUCAUUUUAUUAAUGUAGAUAACAUAAAUAUUCUAAUACAUUUUAGAGGCUGUUAGGUUGGAGAAUACUAUAACUCCUUAUGUGAAGAUUGCUUAUUAUAUGAGUGUACAUAAUGCUUAAAUGGUACUUAUUCUCUUAUUGAGCCUAAAAUGAAUGAAUAAAUAUCAUGCAAAAACUGUGAUCUGUCAUAAACAACAUCUUGCCAAUUAAAUUAAAUAAAUUUAAGAGAAAAUUACUGGAGAAUUAAUAAUAACUCAGACUAGAUAUUUUAAUGCGAUACAGAAGUAAAUGUUUGCAAUGGUGAUGAGUCAAAGGGAUAUUGCUUUUAAGGAUACACAGGGGCUUUAUGCUCUGCGUGUGAUAAUUAUGGCUAGAUUUGGGGCGAAUAGUAUGGUAGAGUUAGCGGAAUAUCCUAAAAAAGUGUAUUAUGUGAGAAAUGCUCAUCAAUAAAAAACAACGCUUAUAAAUAAAUUUUAGUUCUGAUUGGUAUAUUGUGUUAUCUUGUUUAUUUAAUCGUAGAAUCCUAGAAUAGUAAUUGUAAAAUGAGCUAAAUUAAAAUAAUUUCUUCUCUCAAACUUCUAUAGAUGGGAGUCUCAUAGUUUAUACUCUAAUAGUCAGUUAUCUCAAAGAUUUUUAUAAAUCAAUUCUACAUUAUAACAGCUCUUAAAUCUAAUAUAGGUCUUUCUUUUCCUGAUCUAUUUGACAGUUUAUUUACAUUGCCUUAAGCAACAUCACAGCCAAUAUUAUUGUUUUUGUAUUCAGUAGAUUGUAGUCUUAGUGAAAUAAAUAUUGGUAUUCCACUUUAAUACAUAAGAUUUAUUUAUAUUUCUUUUGUGCUUCCUGCUUCAUUUUUGCUUUUAAUUUACUUGGUAGUUAAAAUUAUAUUUUUAGGAAUGUCAUAUUUUAGCCCUCAAAAUUUAAGCUACUCUUAAACCAAAUAUGAUAAUAUUAAUAUGGUUAUUAGUACUAUUAUUGUAUUCUCAUAUUUAGCUACGUAAAACAUUUAUUAAGCAGCUUUAUAAAUUAUCUUUUGUGAAAAAUUUGAUACCACAUUCUAUAUGAAAAGCUAAAUGAAUCAAGAAUGCUAUACCUCAGAGCAUAAUUUUUACAUAAUAUUUUUAAUUGUGCCAGUUUUGAUAUUAGUUAUUGUAAUUUAUCCUUUAGCUAUGCUUUACAUUUUAUGUAGAAACUAUUCAAAAAUGUAUGAUAGCACCUCGACAAGCAUCAUAAGAAGAUAUGGGUAUUUCUUCUAAGGCUUUAAGAGAAAUACUUGGUGGUGGGAAUUUGCUAAAACUUGGUACAAAACUAUUGUUUUAUUACUUUCAACAUAUUUUAAUAGUGAACCUGUGAUUCAGCUUAUAUCUGUAAUUUUUGUCUAGUCGAUUUAUUGCAUUUGUUUGAUGAUUUUUAAGCCAUACUAAGAUCAUAAAAUAAAUAGAUUAGAAUAAAAUUCAGCCACCUAUGCCCUUUUAAUUUUUUGGGUUGGUUUAUUUGAUUAAUUAAAUAACAAUGAAAUCCUUAAAUAUGUCUUUUCAGCAAUCUUGAUAGUACUACUAUUCAUGAUGUUUGGACAACUAGCUAUGAGUUUUAUAUAAGCGAUACUCAAAAGGAACUCUUACACUUUAAUGAAAAAAAAAUGCGUUGUUACAUUACUGAAAUUCAUGAUAAACAAAUUUGUAAAAAACAAAAAGUGGAUUUAAAAUAAAUUAUUUAAGAACAAUAUGUUGGUUUAUAAUUUAGUUUACAACCAAGAAUAUGAGCCUUUCAAAGUUUUUAGAAAUUGGAGAAUGUUAAGAAGGAUUGUUUUAAAAGGAGAUUUAUCAAAAAUUUAAAUUGAAAAAAUUUAAAAAUAUUUAGAUAAAACAAACAAAUCCAAAUUUUCUUUUUAAGAGACAGAUUCUUCAAGAAAUAUUUUCUAAAAAUUAUCUCCUAGAAUACAUUCACAUACACUCUUUACUAAUAGAUCGUCUACGAAAAACUCAAAUUCGAAACGUUUCCUUUUACAAAUCGAUGAAAAAAAGUCAGAAUAUAUUUAGGAUUAAGAAAUAGAAUAUACAGAGCGUGAAAAAAGAUUAUUAACCUAAGAUUAAUAAAUUACAAUCGAAUGA